GCGGGAGGCAGGGAGCCUCUGGUCAGGUGCUCUGCGCCGAGGUUGCGUGCAGGUGGACCGCUGCAAGUUCAGGGGCGCUGCGUUCUCACCACUUCCCAGCUGUUACCUCCAGGCCAGGGAGCUUUCUCCAGACCCUCCUUCUCGUUGCCCAAACCGAUGCGUCCUGACCAGAUCGCUGAGUGGAUUGUUUUACACUGAACUGAUCAAGUACUUUGAAAAUGCCUUCGAAAUCCCUUAUGGUAUCCUUCGUAUUUUCUGCACUGACUGCUUCAACUACGUUUUCUCUCCAGCCAGAGCAGCAAAAGGUUCUACUUGUUUCAUUCGAUGGAUUCCGUUGGGAUUACUUAUAUAAAGUUCCAACACCUCAGUUUCAUUACGUUAUGGAAUAUGGUGUUCAUGUGAAGCAAGUUACUAAUAUUUUUAUUACAAAAACCUAUCCUAACCAUUAUACUUUGGUAACUGGCCUCUUUGCAGAGAACCAUGGGAUUGUUGCAAAUGAAAUGUUUGAUCCUGUUCUAAACAAAACUUUCUCCUUGGAUCACAUGGAUAUUUAUGAUUCUGAGUUUUGGGAAGAAGCAGUGCCAAUAUGGGUAACAAAUCAGAGGGCAGGAUUUCGUAGUGGUGCAGCCAUGUGGCCUGGAGCAGACGUAAAAAUUCAUAAUAGCUUUCCUACUCACUACAUGCCUUACAAUGAGUCUGUUUCAUUUGAAGAUAGAGUUGCCAAAAUUAUUGAAUGGUUUACAUCCAAAGAACCCAUAAAUCUUGGUCUUCUCUAUUGGGAAGACCCUGAUGACAUGGGCCACCAUUUGGGACCUGACAGUCCACUUAUGGGGCCUGUCAUUACAGAUAUUGACAACAAGUUAGGUUAUCUCAUACAAAUGCUGCAGAAGGCAGAGUUGUGGGACGUGGUGAACCUAAUCAUCACAAGUGAUCAUGGAAUGACCCAGUGUUCUAAGGAAAGGAUAAUAGAACUUGACCAGUAUCUGGAUAAAGAUCAUUAUACCCUGAUUGACCAAUCUCCGGUAGCAGCCAUCUUGCCGAAAGAAGGUAAAUUUGAUGAAGUCUAUGAAGCACUAGCUCAUGCACAUCCGAAUCUUACCGUUUACAAAAGAGAAGAGAUUCCGGAAAGAUGGCAUUACAGAUACAACAGUCGAAUCCCGCCCAUCAUAGCAGUAGCCGACAAAGGGUGGUAUAUCCUGCAGAAUAAGUCCGAUGCCUUCCUAUUGGGCAACCAUGGUUAUGAUAAUGAAUUAGCAGAAAUGCAUCCAAUAUUUUUAGCCCAUGGCCCUGCCUUCAGAAAGAACUUCACUAAAGAAACCAUGAACUCCACAGAUCUAUACCCACUUCUGUGCCAUCUUCUCAAUAUCACCGCCUUACCACAUAACGGAUCACUCAGGAAUGUCCAGGAUCUGCUCAAUUCUGCAACUCCGAAACUAAUUCCUUCUACAAAGAGUACUACAUUCCUUAUUGGUAGUGAUGAGCCAAGUGACUAUGAACAAGUGGAGGACUUAUACCCUUAUUUCAUAGGCGUCUCACUUGGCAUCAUUAUAGUGAUUAUAUUUUUUGUAGUUUUUAUUAAACAUUUAAUUAAUAGUCAAAUACCUGCCUUACACGAUAUGCAGGCUGAACUAACUCAACCAUUAUUACAAGCCUAAUGCUACUUUUAAGUAGAAUUGCAUAUUGAAGUAGCGAUUUCAUAAUUAUGCCAGUGUUUAAAGGUUUCAAAUUCUAGGAAACUAAUUCCAAAUAUUUGCAGUGACCAUCAAGUAUAUGUGUGUGUGUGUGUGUGUGUGUGUGUGUGUGUAUAAAAUUGAGGCACAGCUACACACAUGCAUACACACACCCAUGGGCCAAAAUACUCAUAUCUGCAAAGGUUUAAAGAUAUGAGAGUAUGUCUCCAUUGUUCUCUCUAUUUAGGGGUGGAUAAAAUCUUGCUUUAUGACACAUAUAAUGUAAAUAUUUAGCAACAUUGCACUAUUUAAAGUACCUUAUACAUUGCACUUUAAAUUACUCUCCUAAUGGGUACUUUUACUUGAAAUGCACUUUAUGGACAAUUGUGUCUUAGAACUUUGUUGUAAAUGACAACAUUUCAUGACCAUGUCACAGAAUACCUGUUAUUCAUUGUUUAAACUGAAUGAAAUUUCUAGUAAUCCUUGAAUAAGGUAGGGAUCUAUCUCCUUGGGUCCUGCAGGUGGUGUGGUAAUUAAAGUAUUAAACUCCCACAUGGCCAAUUGUAGUUUGAGUCCUGGACCU